UAGAUUUAAAGAACAAGUUGGGAGGUGGAAGUUUCAUUACUCUGGCAAUUCAGGAAUGUUUCUGUAUCCUCUGCUGAGUCAAUAACCUUGCUGCCCACUGCGUUCCCAGUUUUAUUCCACAUGGAGAAGAUAACACAAAAGGAUCAUACAUAAGAUAAACCAUGAAGGUCUUAUUGGUUGUUAGCCUAGCCCUGCUUUGUGCAGGGGUCUUGGCUGACCAUCAUAAACAUGGUAAAGACAAUGCCCACAAUGGCCAUGACCACGGAGAUCAUGACCAUGACCAUCACCAUGGUAAAGGAAAAGAUCAUGAUCACAAGCACCAUCGCCAUUCUGGAGAAACCAUGUCUUGCCACAAAAUAGCACCAUUCAAUGCCCAAUUUGCUUUUGAAUUCUACAGGCAAGUAGCUGCAGACCAUCCAUCAGAAAACAUUUUCUUUUCUCCAGUGAGUAUUUCCACUGCAUUUUCUAUGCUCUCAUUAGGUGCCAAAGGACAAACUUUAAACCAGAUCAUAGAAGGACUGGGCUUUAACACAACUGAAAUAUCAGAGGAGGAGAUUCAUAACGGCUUCCAGCAUCUCCUUCACAUGCUGAAUGAUCCAGACAGUGAAUUGCAGCUGAACAGUGGAAAUGCCCUCUUCAUAGACAAUAACUUGAAGCUAAUUCAGAAAUUCUUAGAAGAUGUAAAAAAUUUCUAUGAAUCAGAAGCUUUUUCUACUGACUUCCAUAAUACAAAGGAAGCAACAAAACAGAUUAACAGUUAUGUGGAGAAGAAAACUCAUGGCAAAAUCACUGACUUGCUUAAAGAUGUUGACGAGAGAACUCUUUUAAUCCUUAUUAACUACAUUUACUUCAGAGGAAAGUGGGAGAAGCCAUUUGAAGAAGAGUUUACACAGGAUGGAAUCUUCCAUGUGGAUGAGAACACAAAUGUGACCGUUCCAAUGAUGCGCAGAAAUGGCAUGUACAAUGUGGCAUUCGAUGAAAAGCUCGGCUGCACGGUGGUACAGAUCCCAUACAAAGGGAAUGCAACAUCACUCUUUAUUUUGCCGGAUGAAGGCAAGCUCAAACAAGUGGAAGAAGCUCUAGAAAAGUCAACAAUAAUGUCCUGGAAAAAGCUAUUUGGAUAUCGAUCUGUAGAUUUAACUAUUCCCAAAUUCUCAGUCUCGGCAGAACUUGAUCUUGUAGAGGUGUUUAAGAAAUUUGGAGUGAAGGAUGUUUUUUCAGAUCUAGCUGAUCUUACUGGGAUUGCGGCAUCCAGACUCAAGGUGUCUAAGGCACUUCAUAAGGCUGUUUUGAGCAUUGAUGAGAAAGGAACAGAAGCUGCUGCAGCUACUGCUUUUGAGAUUAUGCCCAUGAUGAUCCCACCAAACAUCAAAUUUAAUCAGCCUUUCCUGAUUACUAUUUACGAUCAGGAAACAAGGAGCACCCUAUUUCUUGGAAGAAUUACAAACCCUAAGAAUUAGUUUGGAAUACAUGUCAUUGUUUGAGUAAUAAAAUUUAACAUAUGUUA